UAAUCACUGAUUUUUUUAAAUUUUAUUUUGUUAAACAUACGUAUAUACAUAGAAUAUUAUGUUGAUACAAAAAUUUUACAUAAAAAUUAUACUUUAAUGUGUUAGAUAUAGGUUUACAGAUAUAUUAUUUUACAAUACGACAAGCCAUUGUGGCAUGGGCAGGGAGUAUAGUUACCUAUAUGCUAUAGGUCAUCGUACCUACUGUUCGUAAAUAUUAACAUUGUUAAUAAAUCAAGUGAUUCGUUGCUGUUUUUUUUUAUGCAUAUUUAAUACAUCAUGUAUUUUUAUGGGUGGAACUUAAUUUUGGUAAUUUUGGUGGCAAGGAAAGCUAACAGUGUUGUGAUUGAUUUAAGUCAUGGUUAUCAAAACCAAUCUACUACCUGUUGGAAUCCAACGCAGCGGUUCGAAAUAUUUGGAGUAAAGAGAGACGAAAGUCCUAGAUGGUAUUCAACACAGAGUUUUUCAGUAUCUGAACAUUGUGGCACUCAUUUAGAUGCACCUUAUCAUUUUUAUCAAGACGGGUGGAAAUUAGAUGAUAUUCCAUUGGAGCGCAUGAUAGUUGAAGGUGUGCAUCUUAAUGUAAGUCAUGAAGUCAAUGGAAACGGUGACUUUUUACUGACAGUCGAUCAUUUGAAAAAAUGGGAACACGACAAUGGUCCACUUCCACAGCGUUCUGUGAUAUUAGUCAAUUUCGGUUGGGCUCAUAAGUUUGGCAAUCGGCAACUAUACUAUAAUAACGACACAGAGAGAUCAUUAUUAAGUUUUCCAGGAUUAUCUAAAGAAGCAGCACAGUGGAUUGUGGAUUCCAAAAAAGUAUUUGGCAUAGGAGUAGAUGGUCCGAGUGUCGAUGCAGGCAGAACAACGACAUCCGAUGUGCACAAAAUAGUAUCUAAAGCGAAUAUAUAUAAUCUUGAAAACGUAGCUAUAAAUGGUACGACAUUACCAUCAAAAGGAUUUAAACUUAUUAUCCAGCCAAUCAAAAUUAUAGGAGGUACCGGUGCACCUUGUCGGAUUUUAGCUUUUACAAAUAAUACACUUGAUAAGUGAAUGACAAUUGAGUACUUGACUAUGUACAUUUUACGAGAAUUGUGCGCCCAACUAUAAAUUAUAAUGGAUAAUUGAUCGCCAUAAAAUUAAGUCACACAAAGGUCAAAUGUAGGACAAGAUAUUGUCUUUUUAAUUUUAUACAAACCUAAUUUCUUCUGUGUGCUAUAAUAAUUUAAAAAUAGAUAACUAUAUAGGCUCUUACGUGUUUUUUUUUUUUUUGAAAAAAUAUUGUCAUAAAUUUGUAAUAUAUUUAUUUUAUACAAACAUA